AUGUCUGACGACGAUGAUUUUAUGCAGGAUUCAGAGCAGGAGGAGUAUGACUUUGAAUACGAAGACGAGGAUGAUGAUGAAUCUGGCGAUAUCGGUAUCGAGAACAAAUACUACAAUGCGAAGCAGAUCAAGGUAGACAACCCGGAGGAGGCCGUCGACGAGUUCUUGGGGGUACCGGCGCUGGAGCAAGACAAGGGUGAAUGGGGGUUUAAAGGGUUGAAGCAGGCGAUAAAGUUGGAGUUCCGGCUCGCCCGAUAUGAUGAUGCAGUUAUACAUUACCGAGAGCUCCUCACAUAUGUCAAAUCAGCCGUAACACGAAACUACUCUGAGAAAUCAAUCAACAACAUGCUAGACUAUAUUGAAAAGUCGUCUGAUGACGAAAAGGCAUACCAUUGCAUGGAGAAAUUCUACUCGUUGACCCUCAAUUCCUUCCAGAAUACCAACAAUGAGCGGCUCUGGCUUAAGACUAACAUUAAACUUGCAAAGCUGUGGUUGGAUAAGCAAGAAUAUACUCAGCUUAGCAGGAAGCUCAAGGAACUUCACAAGGCCUGCCAGAGGCCAGACGGGACCGAUGAUCCUUCUAAGGGAACAUAUUCACUAGAGAUAUUCGCUCUAGAGAUUCAGAUGUAUGCCAACACAAAAAACAACAAGAGGCUGAAGGCGCUAUACCAAAGAGCGCUUAAAGUACGGUCUGCCGUUCCGCACCCAAAGAUCAUGGGCAUCAUACGCGAAUGCGGUGGAAAAAUGCAUAUGAGUGAAGAGAAUUGGAAGGAGGCGCACAGUGAUUUCUUCGAAUCAUUCCGCAAUUAUGAUGAGGCAGGGUCAAUGCAGCGAAUACAAGUGUUGAAAUACAUGGUUCUAGCGACCAUGUUGAUGAAGUCAGACAUCAAUCCAUUCGACUCCCAGGAGACGAAGCCUUACAAGGAUGACCCUCGAAUUUCCGGAAUGACAGACCUGGUGGAUGCUUUCCAGCGCGAUGAUAUCCAUGCAUAUGAGGCAAUCCUCAGAGACAAGCCAGAUCUAAUGAAGGAUCCCUUUAUUGCUGAGAACAUCGACGAAGUCAGCCGCACCAUGCGCACCAAGGCCGUCAUGAAGCUGAUCCAGCCUUACACCCGCUUCUCUCUUGCCUUUGUCUCCAAGAAACUAAAGAUCCCCGAGUCAGAGGUCCAGGAUAUCCUUAGCUUCCUCAUCUUAGACAAAGUGCUGGUUGGGGCCAAGAUUAACGAGGAAGACGGUACAGUUGAAAUCUCCCGGGCGAGCGAGCUUGAAGUUGCUCGCACCAAAGCUCUAUCAAGCUGGAACAUGGAGCUAGAUUCCAUGUGGGGUACAAUGUUCUCCCAUGGUGAAGGGUUUAAGACCGACGACAGCACCCGUAUGCAUCCCUUGAUGGGAGGAAUCGGCAGCGCAGGGUACAGCAGCUUUCCUCACGAGACGCUCGGCAUGGGAGUCGUGGGAGGAAAAACUUACAUGCAGUCCAAGGGAAUGAAAGGGAAACCCGGGAGGCCUGCCUGGGGCAAGUUCUCAUCAUAA